CUUGCUCUGUUGGACCUCUCCUACCCCCGCAACCCUGACAACUUCUGUUACUGUAGAAUUUUUGGUGAGAAGUGUCUAACUUAGGUCAUGUGCUCUCCGGUCUUAGUCUUGAUUGAUUAAAAGCAGUUUGCACCCCGGAAACUCAGUGGAUCUCCGCGGAGCAGCAGUUCUAAACUUUUCAGUUAAGUUUCUGGAACCAGAGCCAGAGGUACCCUUGCCCUGGAAAAUGCCAGAAGCUAGCCAGCUGAGACGGUUCUGGUACCUAGCGCGCUAUGCGUAAGAGAUUCCAUGGUAGAAAAAUACUGGGGAGACCCAAAAAGAAAACUGGACGGAUGACCGCUGAUUCGCUAAGGCCUCUGCAACUAAGAGCCUGACUACAACUUCCAGCAUGCUUCGGGCUACACCUCGGCCGACUGACAGCACCACGCACCAAUGGAAGAACCCUGUCUGAGUUUGGGGUGGAGUCCCGUCCUGCGGCACUCCGCGCAGCCUUUUCAACGAUCCAGAGGCCUCUCUGGUGGCAGGAGCUCACGUACGUGACGCCAACCACAUUAUGCCGCUCACUCCCAGACUCCUCCUACCGGUCCUGCUUGAGGCCCUCCCUUGGUCCCUCUGCUUUCGCCGCACGAGUGGCCGGCGAGGAUGUGGAACUUGCUGAGCUUAUUGGAUGACAGUGAUGUCACUCUGGAGGACGGCGUGGCUCUGAGCGGCGAGGCCCGCCCCUUUCGGACGGUGAUUGGAUUCUUCAGAGCCUACCUGGGCUGGGAUUGGUGUGAGGCAGGGAGACGGCUCUAGGGCUUGCUAGGCAAUUCAAAGAGGCGGCUACACUUGGCCCCGCGCUCUGGGAGAGUCCGAGGACCCACUACCUCAUCGCCCGGAGGGGAGGGCGCGCUUGUGGCGUGGUGGGGGCGGGACCAGUGGGGCGGGAGGGAGGGUGAUCUUGGAGGGCAAGAAAUGCUGAGGUCAGAGGGGUGGUGGCAGAACUAGCUGGGGAUUAGAUCUAGAAGCGCUUGCGAGGAGGACGACUUGGGUGAUCCAGGAGGGUGUGGACGUGUCAGGUGUGGGAUGCAGUGGAAAGGAAGGGCCAAACCACAAAUCCGGAGUAGAUCUGUGGAUGGUUCCUCAGAGGCGUUCUCUUUCCGGUUGUCCUUUUAUUUGGCAACAAGAGAGUCCUCAUGGUCUGUGUUCAGGUUCUUGGAACUCUGUCUUUGGGUGAAUUUAACCUGCCUUAGAGGACUGCCCAGGGCCUUUUCUGAUACUGGGUACAUACGUGGGGAAGAUGUCAGAAAACAGGAAACCACUUCUGGGUUUCGUGCACAAACUUCAAGAUGCGAACGCAUCUGGGAGCUCAGGCAAGACUCACUGUCCUUCAUGUCGGAGGCUUUUCAAAGUCCCCAGGCUCUUGCCUUGCUUGCACACGGUGUGCACCUCGUGUCUGGAAAAGCAGGAUCCGUUCUCAGUAGUGGACGUGCGAGGGGGUGACUCAGACACAAGCUCUGAGGGGUCAAUAUUCCAGGAAUCCAAGUUAUGCAGCUCGCAGCCACAGAUCGGCAUCCUCUGUCCGGUAUGUGAUGCUCAAGUGGACCUGCCCUUGGGUGGAGUGAAGGCUUUAACGGUAGACCACCUGGCCAUGAAUGAUGUGAUGCUGGAGAGUCUGCGUGGGGAAGGCCAGGGCCUGGUGUGUGACCUGUGCAGCGACAGAGAAGUAGAGAAGAGGUGUCAGACCUGCAAAGCCAAUCUCUGCCACUUCUGCUGCCAGGCUCAUAGGAGACAGAAGAAGACAACAUAUCACACCAUGGUGGACCUGAAAGACCUGAAAGGCUACAGCCGGGUUGGAAAGCCCAUCCUAUGUCCUUCUCACCCUGCGGAGGAGCUGAGGCUGUUUUGUGAACUCUGUGACCGGCCAGUGUGUCGGGACUGUGUAGUUGGGGAGCACCGAGAGCACCCCUACGACUUCACCAGCAAUGUCAUCCACAAGCAUGGAGAUUCUGUGCGGGAGCUGCUUCGAGACACCCAGCCCCAUGUGGAGGCCCUGGAAGAGGCCCUGGCACAGAUCAAGAGUGUGAACAAUGCCCUCCAAGAGCGAGUGGAGGCAGUGGCAGCUGAUGUCCGAACAUUCUCCGAGGGCUACAUCAGAGCCAUCCAGGAACAUCGGGACAAGCUGCUCCAGCAGCUGGAUGACAUACGGGUCCAGAAGGAAACAGCUUUACAGCUGCAGAAAGCACAGCUGGAACAGCUGCUGGCAGAUAUGCGGACUGGAGUGGAGUUCACUGAGCAUCUGCUGACCAGCGGCUCAGACUUAGAGAUCCUCAUCACCAAGGGAGUGGUUUUAGAACGGCUCAGGAAGCUGAAUAAAGUUGAGUACAGUGCCCGCCCAGGAGUGAACCAUAAGAUCUGCUUCUCCCCUCAGGAGAAGGCAGGCCAGUGCCAAGGCUAUGCGAUGUAUGGGGCCAUUAACACGCAGGAGGUUGAUCCAGCUCAGUGCGUCCUUCAAGGAGAAGAUCUCCACAGAGCUCGAGAGAAACAGACAGCUUCUUUUACCUUGUUCUGUAAGGAUGCCUCGGGAGAGAGCGUGGGCAGGGGAGGAGAUAAUGUCCAUGUGGAAGUUGUCCCCAAAGAUAAGAAGGACAGUCCAAUCAGAACAGUGGUCCAGGACAACAAGGAUGGAUCAUACCGUGUUUCCUAUACCCCCACGGAGCCUGGAGUCUACACUGUGUGGGUCUUCGUCAGAGAGCAGCACGUGCAGGGCUCACCGUUCAAUGUGACCGUUAGGAGGAAGCACCGGCCACAUCCAGGUGUGUUUCACUGCUGUACUUUCUGUUCCAGCGGAGGCCAGAAAACUGCACGCUGUGCCUGCGGAGGCACCAUGCCAGGUGGAUACCUUGGUUGUGGCCAUGGACACAAAGGCCACCCGGGCCGUCCACACUGGUCUUGCUGUGGGAAAUUCAUUGAGAAGUCUGAGUGCUCGUACAUGAAUGAGCAGAGCAUCCCGAGGAGUCUGCUUAGGACCGUGGCACUCUGAGGCUUCCUCGGGACAAGUUGGACCAGGUAAACCUGAGGCUAGCAUGACUUCAGAUAUGCAGAGAACCCAGAGCUUUCAAAGAGACUGACAGAAUUAAAGACAAAGUGUUUUCUCUAAUAUCAGA